CUACAUUUCAGAAUGUCAGUCACAAUAAUUCCAAGGCCAAUUUGUUGCAAGACGUCAAAGUCAAAAUAAAAUGAAAUCUGUUAUAAAAUUCAGUACACUGUUUUCAAAACAAAAAAAAGUCGAGUUCGAGUCCACCCUCGCAAUAGAAACCACAAUUUAAAUCAAAAUUUUAAAGUUCUCAAAAUUUACAGUAAAACAAACAUGGACGAUAAACGGGCUGAAACGUCAUCCGAUUCGGAUUUUGGAGACAGUUGGACAAUAAUUGAUAGAAAUUCUUUCUGUAACAGGAUGGCGGAUGUCAUUAACCACUUGGAAUCUGAAAAUGUUUUUGAUCAUUUUUCAGAAUUAUCGAAUAUGAGAGGCAGUCCUCAGAGUUUUCAAGAUGAUUCCAAUAAUGAUGCUGAUGCUGAUUCAGAUGGAAUUUCUGUAAUAAGUGAACCUGAAGAACAUCAAAUUCUGAAUCCUGUGUCGGCAUGCACGUCUGCCUGUAAAGAAUCCCCUACUCCUUCUGGAAGCCCAAAACAUAAGUCGCAGCUUAACAAAUCACAGACUGGUCAGCCAGAGACUCGGACUCCAAAAAAAAAUAAAAUACCAUUUAAUAAGCCUUUAACACCACCUAACACACCAAUCGACUGUGAUGCCACUAUGUUUGAAAAAACAGACAAAAAACAUAGAAGAGAAGAGAUCUUAUUUCACAACAGAAAUGAUAAAGUUAGCAACUUGCUAAUAUUUUAG